CUCCCGGUGGGCGGCGGCGGCGGCAGCAGCAGCCUGGCGAAGGUUCUAGAGCCGCUGCCUGCGGAGGGCGGGCGGUGACCGCGCACGGGGUUGGGUGUGCGCACAGGCUGCAGGCCUUGCGACUCUUGCCGUGGGGUCUGCCCUCGGGGUGAGCGCGCUUGGUGCGGCAUUUCCUGUUCCCUCCUCUGCGUGGCUGCAGCUUGGGCCUUCGGCCUGACCCAGCCCGACCAUGGCUUCAGCUUUGGAAGAGCUACAGAAAGAUCUAGAAGAGGUAAAGGUAUUGCUUGAAAAAGCCACUAGGAAAAGAGUACGUGAUGCCCUUACAGCUGAAAAAUCCAAGAUUGAAACAGAAAUCAAGAACAAGAUGCAACAGAAAUCACAGAGGAAAGCAGAACAUCUUGAAAGUGAAAAGCCAGCUGCUGUGGUUGCUCCCAUUACAACGGGAUAUACAGUGAAAAUCAGUAAUUAUGGAUGGGAUCAGUCAGAUAAGUUUGUGAAAAUCUACAUUACCUUAACUGGAGUUCACCAAGUUCCCACUGAAAAUGUGCAGGUGCAUUUCACAGAGAGGUCAUUUGAUCUUUUGGUAAAGAAUCUGAAUGGGAAAAGCUACUCCAUGAUUGUGAACAAUCUCUUGAAACCUAUCUCCGUGGAAGGCAGUUCAAAAAAAGUCAAGACUGAUACAGUUCUUAUCUUAUGUAGAAAAAAAGCAGAAAACACGCGAUGGGACUACUUAACUCAGGUUGAAAAAGAAUGCAAAGAAAAAGAAAAACCCUCCUAUGACACCGAAACAGAUCCCAGUGAGGGGUUGAUGAAUGUUCUAAAGAAAAUUUAUGAAGAUGGAGAUGAUGAUAUGAAGCGAACCAUUAAUAAAGCCUGGGUGGAAUCAAGAGAGAAGCAAGCCAAAGGAGACACAGAAUUUUGAGACUUUAAAGUCCUUUUGGGAACUGUGAUGUGGAAAUAACUGAUGUUUCCACUAAGGGAAUGUUGGUGAGCUGCACAUAUAAAUUUGACAGAUUUGACUAUUUACACAGCCUUCUCCUAAGUAAAGGCAAUGAAUUCUCCAUUUCCUACUGGAGGAUUUAUUUAAAUAAAAUAUGCUUAUUAAACAUUUCCUGCAAAGAUGGUUACAUUAGUACCCUGGUCAUUUUGUUCAAGAAAGGGUUAUAUUGCAUUCAUGUGUGAAAUGUAAAAAGCAAGUCUUGCCUGAUGAAAAUGCUACGUUGUGUGUAUUUCUGUUCAGCUAGGAGGUAGAAAACAAAAGUAUUUGUUUGCCUUUAAGUUACUGACAUCAGCUCCCACCAAUGUAAGAAUAAGUAAGAGUAAAACCUGAAUUUUUGCAUAAAAUACAAAUCUGUACCUACACCUGAAGGUUGCUAUAAAGUGGCUAAUCCCUUAUUACCAGCUUAAGCAAUGCAUAUAUCAUGCACUAAUAAUCCAAUCACAGAUAUUUCUAUCUAGAUUUAAAUAUUUAUGAAUAUAGAAGCUAAAUCUAAACUUCACAAGCAUAAACAUCUUUAUAUACUACCAGUUAGUAAGUCUUGCCAUAGAUCAGAUAGAUAGCUUACAAAAGUAAUAACCAUGAAGCACAAAGAAAUUAAUUUGAAAGUCCAUCUAUUCCUUAUUCCUAUGUUCAGUCAAGUUAAAAUUUUCUUCAAUGGAAUAGUUUUACUGUCUAUCCAAGAGUAUGUCAGAAAAGUCUGGUUUUUAGGGGGACUUGUUUAUUCCCCUUGAAAUCAGGAACCAGAGCAAGGUGCCUGCAAUCUCCAUUACUACAUUGUACUGGAGGUACAAGCCGAUGUAGUUAGAUAAGAGAAAGCAAUUAGACACAAGGAAAAAUCCAAAAGGAUCAACCAAAACUGCUACAAUUAAUAAGAGAAUUUGGAAAAAGUAGUAGGAUUUAAAGUUAAAAUACAGAAACAGCCUAUAUGUAGGAUAGCUGUUAGUAAAUACUGAAAUCCACUAUAAUGCCUCUAUAAUUGUAGUGUUGGCACAUGAAUAAACAGACCAAUGGAACAGAAUAGUAGAAAGACACAAAGCAUAUGAAAGUUUUAGAAUACAAAAGAUAGGUUUUUAAUGAUUUUAAGAAUCAUUAAAAAUAGUCAUAUAGAUACAUUCCAAACAGACUGAAGAUGUGACUGUAAAAAUGAAAGCAUACAAGUACUAGAAGACAUUAGUGAGAUUCCAUUAUAACCUAAGAGUAGGGGAAAACUACAUUAUGUGACUUAAAAUCUAGAAGUAAAACUACAUAUUAAUCAUUUUUAACUACAUAAAAAUAAAUGCUUACAGGGCAAGAAAACCCCACCAUAACCAAAAUCAAAUGACACGUUGAGAGGAUUCCAUUUAUGAACAAAUACUUCAUAGAAAAAUAAAUAUAAAUAAUCUUUACCAUAAGUAAAGAUGCUUACCUUGUUCAGGUAAGAAAUACUAAAACAACCACACUGCUUACCUUUCACUGGAAAAACUCCAGUUUAACAUACCAAUUAUGUUGAGUCCAGGGAGAAGUAGGACACAUAUACAUGGGAAUGGAAUAAAAACAAACUUUGGUUAAUCA